GGGCGUGCGGUGGAAGUCCCAGGCAGCCCUUUUUGUUUACUUUCGUUCUGCUGCUGUUUGUGAGACUAGCUUCUGGGAUCUUGGGCCUCGGGUGGUAGCCGAUGCCGUACCCUACGCCUUCAAUAAAGAAGGGCAGAGGGCUCUCUGGUAUAGCGAAGCAGAAGAGGGGCGCACAUACGGCGGGUUUUUGGUGCUCGGGGGAACAGAGGAAAAGGCUCUGAAACUGCGCUAAGAAUGGGCGGGAGUAGCAGAAGAGUUGUGAAGAUUAUUGGCUGGCAGGAGUGGUGGGCGGGGCGUAGGCCGAGCUGCCUCAUUUAUUGGUGGAAUUUGGACCCCUCGUUUUCUCGUUACUGCCACGUUGACGCUACUUAGAGCCCGGCGGUGUUAGCUCCGUUGUCUGUACCCGUGUCCUCGGAAACCAACGGAUUGGAAGGACUGUUAAAAAUAUGGGAGGAAAGAGCUAAAAGCUGAAGGUAGCUCGCUGUAUCACCGAUCUUCUUAGCUCUACCAUGGCCAGAUUUUAGUUUGGACGAAUUUGAGGUUAUUGGGGGCAACAGCAGGUGGCCCAAAUCAGGCUCGGUGGAAACGGGUAGAUACAGGUUGGCUCCAGUUGAAACGGCUUGAAUGGCGUCCCUGCGACUCACCGUCUGCGCCAAUUACGAAAGCGAUGACGUCUGUGUGUUGUUAUGAGGUUCUCGAACUGAGUGGGUAGAAAUGCGAAGACCUAGAGUUCCCACUUUUCCUCAUUAAUGGUCUGGUGUCACCACUGCCGUCCAAUAUCACUGGUAUCAGCUGGGAAAUCAACUCAGUUGCUGCUACUGCUGCCAUCACCAGCAAUAGUCUGCUUGCGUCACCACCAUCAUCACAGCUACUUGUUCCCGGUACUAAGCAUGCUGUAGUCACUGCUACCAUCUCCACCACUGCAGCUGCUUUCACCAGGACCGGCUUGAUUUAGGAACAGGCCUUCGAUAUUUUGAAUCACCUUUACAUGGAGCACAAAGAUGAUGACGACGAUGAUGUGUCUUUUGCCAAAUGGAUGAGCAGCUUCUGGGGUCACAGCUGGAUAGAGGAGGAUGAGAGAGGACUCCGGGACCGCCAUGGAUCACAGAACUCCAGUUACAGGAAGACCUCCCUGCCCUGCCCAUUUCCUGUGCUUCCCAGCAUGAUGUCAUCUGACAGCCAUCCUAGAAGUCAUUCUUAUGAGGACCAGGGAUUUCAAUGCCAUACUCACGUGCGGGAUUACAGAAAAUACUCAGGGGAUGGGUCAUUCAAGGAGCCCCUGGAAUCAAAAAGAAGAUCCCAUUCCAAAAUUCAGGCAUUUUCAGAGUCCUUUGAACAGCAACUCUGCUUUAGAACCAAACGCUCUGUCUCUUCGGGACCUGAGAGCAGAAAGGAGAGAGAUGAGAGAGAAUGCCGGGCACUGGAAAUGAGGUCUUGCAAGAAAGGGAAGGAAGAGCGUGGAGAAGCGUACCUGCCCACCCUGUCUGAAAAGGGGCCCAAAUAGUACUUUGUUUCCACACCAUGACUACUGAUGCUGCUGUGCUUUUCUGAGCCCCAGUUCGCCAGGCCCAGGAGCGGUAGCUGCAAAGAGCCCGCAGAUGCUGAGUGACUCGAGUGGGUGGUUGAUUCAGCUGCUCCCCAAGACAGCUUGCACCACACUCCAGCUGCUUCUCAGAGUGUGAUCUGCUCUGUUGCCCUUUUAUGGGAAUAAAAAGGAUAAAAGGUAUUUUAAUAGCCUAAAGUAAUUGUUGAAAAUGUGAAGAGAGAUAUUUAAAGAGCCACCCACACAUCUUCACCAACCCU